AUGGAGUUUACUGCUAAAGAAACGGUACUGGAAUUAUUGCGACGCCACGCAGUUGGUCUUCGUGCGAAAGAUGAUGAGUUCUUUCAAGAAGGGAAUGUUUACAUCAAACCGUUUGUUAAGCUUGGCGUUUUAAGUGAAUUCCCUCAGACCAACUCUGAACCGGAAGAUGUUGAGAUAAGCUGCAAUGUUCCCGACUGUAACUAUUUUUGCCAAUCCGUGAUUGACUACGAAUUUCAUUACAAUGCUCAGCAUCGCUAUACUUGUGCACAGUGUAAAAAAUCGCUCCCGAAUGCGCAUCUGCUUGAUCUUCAUCUUUCCGAAAUGCAUGAUUCAUACUUUGCCGCCCAAGUUCAAGCGUCAAACAGACCGAUGUACGCUUGCUAUCUUGAAGAGUGCAAAGAACGUAGUAAAGAUCCCGCAGAGCGUAGAGAUCAUUGCAUACGGGAGCACAAGUUCCCGCACAACUUCCGCUUCGACAAGCAAACGCAAGGUGAACUGAAAGCAAGCAAAGUAAUGAAAACUAGUGUACUAAUGGUCACGGAAGGUGCAACUGCUUGCGCCUCCAACACCGUCCUCGAAGCGGAAUCAAAACCCGUCGCACCAAAGUGUAGGAAAAAUUUCUCCUUUGGCCAUCCGCAGCCGCGUACGUUUAAGGCGGUAAAAACGAAAAGCAACAAGUGUGAUAUACUGGAAAGUAACAAAAUGGUAAUCGAUAUGCUGGAAAGUCUUCCGCGUGAGUAA